AUGGAGGAUGCGAGUGGUGAAUUGUAUGUGUUUUCUUCAAAGGGGAUGCCAUUUGGCGGACCAAAGCAUGACGAUAUAAGUGAUUUGGAGCUUAAUAAAGUUCAUAUAUUUGUUCUUAAUAACACUGAUGAUGAAGAGAUUGAAGAACACAUCAGAAACCACAAGCUGAAACUUGAGGCAGAAUGUAGUGCUAACAUAGAUCAGCGUCAUGAAACAGAGUUUCCAGCAUGGUUUCGACAACAAGUUCUUAAAUCUUCUUCACUCAUGAGAAGAGAAAUCAGAUCAUUGGCAUUGGGCCUGGAUAGACCAGUUGAUGAGAUUAUCCAAGAAGAAGAACCGGGAUUUGUUUUAUGUGUGGACCUUGGAGAGAUUCCACAACUUGUUAGGGAUGUACCAUCACUUAACAGCAUUGAUGCCACAAUUGUGAAUGCUGCCACUGCAGAGACUUGUAUUGAAAAUGACUACGAUGAUGAAUUUAUUGAUGAUGAAGAUUGCGAUGUUGAUUGUGGUGAUCAAGCUCUAGCUAAUGGUUUUGUUGAAAAUGAAGGGCUGUGGACAGAUGAUGAUGAAUAUGUUGAUGAUGAUAGUCCUGGCAAGGGAAGAAAACCUUUAGUGAAGAAAAGAAGACUUGAGUCUCUCUGGCUUAGAGAUUCCAUAUCAUCCCAAGGUCAGAAAUCAGCUCAAGGAAUGUCUACUUCAACCACUGAGCAUAAUGUUUCAACAAGUGUUUCACCUUUUCACUUAAGAGAUGAAAAUGAUGAAGGUCCUGAUUCACAAUCAUUCAUCAAUGAAUCUAGUGCUGUUGCUCACAAGUUUGGGAAGCACAAUGUUCCAAAAUGGUCUCAGCUGGAAAAGGAAGACCGAGAAGCCAUGUGCCAAAGGGUUAUGAUGAAGAAAGCUGUUGAACAGCAAGUCAAUAAAUCAUACAGAAAUCGCCGACAUAAGCAUAGUUGGCUCUUCAAAACAUUUAAAUCAAAGGAGGAAGCACUAAGACAAGUACCUGAUGAGUUCCCCAAGGAAGAGUGGAUAUAUCUCUGCAAUUAUUUCACUUCUAAAAAAUUCAAGGGUCAAAUGAGAGACUUGGAAAGUGCCGGUUAUGAACCUAAAGAGAUUUGCAUUGCAACAGUUGGGAAACUACCUGGAAGUGCUGGACAUGCCUUAACCAAAAGUUAUUAUGUUGAAGAAGUUUGUCGUGAAAAGGAAAGAGCUGAUGUGGCAGAAAAAGAAAGGAAAGAAACAGAUGCAAAGUUAGAAAAGAUGGCAGUGGAACAAGAAACACUGAGAAAAACAUUGGUAGCUGAAAAUGAAGUGCUCAAAGAGUCUUUGGCCGUCUUACUAGAGAGGGUUAAUCGCAUGGAAGCUCAACAUAAUGCGUAA